AUGAGGUUAUCUAAAUCAAUAGCUCUAUUGCUUACAGCCUUCACAACGGCUGUUACUGCUUCUAGUGAAUAUGUACCAGCCGCAACCAUCACUUCAGAUGUUCAAACUCUCACAGAUCUCCCAGGUAUUGUUCAUGAAUCACAUACUCAUUCUGCGGACAGCAAACAAUUUGAAGCUGCUUAUGUUAUUACUGCUGAUGAUUAUCCGGAUACAAAUGGUACUAAAACUUAUCAAUUUCAAUGGUGGAUCAAAUUUGAUGAAGAUUUUAAUGCAGAAUCAGCUCCUAUUGAGAUCUACAGUGGUCGUGGUCGAAGCCCAUACAACUAUGAGGGUGAAGUUAAUUUAAAACAAGGUGCUAUGUAUUUGCAAUAUGAUGUCGAUCUAUCUUGUCCAGAGGAUAGAGAUAAGGUCACACCUAAUUUUUGUUCAGGUAUUGAUUUCCAGUUUGAAAUAAGCAGAAGUGUUUCCAGCUUCGCUAACAUUGAAGUUAGUGCAACAUACGACGGUGUACCUUAUAACGGUGAUAAAGUCAGUUGGGAUUGUCUUGCACUUGUCAACGCAAUAUGUGAUCCAGUUUCUUCUUCCUCAUCUUCAUCAUCAUCAUCAAGUUCAAGCUCAUCAGAUGUCUCAUCAAGCUCAUCAGCUGUCUCAUCAAGCUCAUCCGAAGCUUCAUCAAGCUCAUCCGAAGCUUCAUCAAGCUCAUCCGAAGCUUCAUCAAGCUCAUCCGAAGCUUCAUCAAGCUCAUCCGAAGCUUCAUCAAGCUCAUCCGAAGCUUCAUCAAGCUCAUCCGAAGCUUCAUCAGCUCAUCCGAAGCUUCAUCAAGCUCAUCCGAAGCUUCAUCAAGCUCAUCAACCUCAUCAACCUCAUCAGCUUCAUCAAGCUCCUCCGAUGUCUCUUCUAGUUCAUCAGCUGUCUCAUCAAGCUCUUCAGGUCUCUUCAGAUGCAUCAUCAAGCUCUUCAGAAGUUUCAUCAAGCUCUUCAGGUGUAUCAUCAAGCUCUUCAGAAGUUUCAUCAAGCUCAUCAAGUGCAUCAUCAAGCUCAUCCGAAGUUUCAUCAAGCUCAUCCGGUUCAUCAUCAAGCUCAUCUGAUGUCUCUUCUAGCUCAUCAGAUGCAUCAUCUAACUCCUCAGAAGCCUCAUCAAGCUCAUCAGUUUCACCAUCAAGCUCAUCAGACUCACCAUCAAGCUCAUCAGAAGUCUCUUCUAGCUCAUCAGGUUCACCAUCAAGCUCAUCAGAAGUCUCUUCUAGCUCUUCAGAUGUCUCAUCGAGCUCAUCAGGUUCACCAUCAAGCUCAUCCGAUGUCUCUUCUAGCUCUUCAGCUGUCUCAUCAAGCUCAUCAGGUUCACCAUCAAGCUCAUUAGGUUCACCAUCAAGCUCUUCAGAUUUAUCAUCCAGAUCAUCAGAAAUCUCAUCAUCUUCAGAAAUGUCAUCAUCAAGCUCUUUCGAUCCAGCAUCAUCAUCAUCAUCAUCAACAUCAGCUAAAUCCUCAAGUUCAUUUGCUACAUCUUCAACUUCAGGAUCAUCAUCUUCUUCAUCAUUUUCAUCAAAGUUGUCAACCACAUCUACUGAUAUAUCCACAUCAAAAAGCUCAUCAGAAUCAUCAACUAAUGAUAAGUCCGGAACACCAGUUUCAACAUCUACACAUUUAACAAGUUCAAUACCAUCUACAUCAUCAAAAUCUGAUGACCCAAAAAUUUCAUCAACAACAGGUAAACCAGCUCCAACAAACUCUUCAGUUCCAAGUAUCACCACUGAUGCAAAUACUUCAACAUCAACAACAACAAAACAUGGUGAUUCUACAACAGUUAUCACUGUUACUACUUGUGAUAAUAACAGUCAUUGUACUACUCAGCCAAUUACAACUGGUAUCACUAUUAUUACUGAGACCUCAAAUGGUGUUACUACAGACUACACUACUUAUUGUCCAAUUCCAACAACAUCCAAAGAUGCUGAUCACACUACAACAAGACAUGACGAUUCAACCACCGUCAUUACUGUUACUACUUGUGAUGGUAAUAGUCAAUGUACUACUGAACCAAUUACCACUGGUAUUACAGUUAUUACUAAGACUUCAAAUGGUGUCACUACGGAUUACACUACUUAUUGUCCAAUUCCAACAACAUCUAAAGAUGCUGAUCAUACUACAAGAAAUGGUGAUUCAACUACAACAAAACAUGGUGAUUCAACCACUGUUAUCACUGUUACCACUUGUGAUGAUAAUACACAAUGUACUACUCAACCAAUUACCACUGGUAUCACUGUUAUCACUGAAACCUCAAAUGGUGUUACUACAGACUACACCACUUAUUGUCCAAUUCCAAUAACAUCAAAGAAUGCUGAUCAAACCACAACAACUCAUGGUGAUGAUGGUAACGUUUCAACCAAAAUUAUUACAAAAACUUCAUGUGAUGAUGAUAAAUGUACUACUCAGCCAAUUACCACCGGUAUCACUGUUAUUACUAAAACUUCAAAUGGUGUUACUACAGACUAUACCACUUAUUGUCCAAUUCCAACAACAUCAAAGAAUGCUGAUCAAACUACUACAAAACAUGAAGAUUCAACUACCGUUAUCACUGUUACUACUUGUGAUGAUAAUAGCCAAUGUACUACUCAACCAAUUACCACUGGUAUCACUGUUAUCACUGAAACCUCAAAUGGUGUUACUACAGACUACACCACUUAUUGUCCAAUUCCAACAACAUCAAAGAAUGCUGAUCAAACUACUACAAAACAUGAAGAUUCAACUACCGUUAUCACUGUUACUACUUGUGAUGAUAACAGUCAAUAUACUACUCAACCAAUUACCACUGGUAUCACUGUUAUUACUGAAACUUCAAAUGGUGUCACUACAGAUUACACUACUCAAUUACAACCACUGAUAAACCAGAUCAAGGUUCCACUACAGACAAAGGUACAUCAGCUCAACCAACAAUUAUCACUCAAGGUUCAACCUCCCCAGCUCCUUCAGCACCAACUGCUUCUGUUAAGCCAUUUGAAGGUACAGGGUCAUCAAAUGUUAUUAAUUGGUUUAUUUCCAUGA